AUGGUUGAUUGUAACGAAAUGGCAGGAGACUCGCAAGCGCGGUGCCUGGGCUCCCAUGGCCUGGCCUCGACAUUGCAGAUGUAUCAGUACCACGGAGGGCAACGGAAAUUGCGACAGAGUUUUCGAAUGGGACUAACGCUAAUGGUGCUGCUUGCAGGCACAUCUCUGCAGUAUGACAACCGAUCUUUUUUGUCCGUUGUUCGAGCCGUGCGCGCCCAGGCAGGCACCCUAACAUCAAAAUGUGAGGCGGCGAAAGACGGAAAUACCACGUGCACGUGCCUCAAAGAUGAUUCUCAAACAACAACGCUUUCUGCAACGCUUUCAGAAGAGACAAAUGUGCUGCAGGUAAGCUGUCAAACUGACCUAAAGUGCGCUCCCGAUGACCUCAGCGGCAAGAAUGUCUGCCCUGGAGACACAGACAAGCUCUACGAUUGCAAAUCAACGAACGGCAGUUUCAAAUGCAUCGACGUCAACGAAAUUCUUGCCACAUCUGAAAACAGCGUUCAGUGGGUGGCAGGCACCACCCCUCAGGACAGCACCACUAAGACACUAGCAAUCCCGACUGACAGGUUUCCGUUCACUGACCAAAAGUUCGUUAUCGGCUGCGUCAACGACGACCGGACCGCAGACCGCUGCAAAGUGACUGUAACGCUGGCGGCAAGAGCAACUGCGAAGAAGGACCAGACCGUCACGUGUGCUUACGGAGCGAGUAGCAAUAAGGAACCUCAGACCAUCACGCUGAGUCCCUCGCAAAACACGUUCACACUGGUUUGCGGAACUGACGGAGAUAUUCUGCCGAGCACGUACCAGAAAAAGUACUGCAGUAGCUCAGAAAACAAUACCACCAGUGCGUGCGAAGAAAAAGACUACACCUCGAUCAUCACGACAUACCAAGAAACGUGGUGGCAGAAAAAACCCGAAGGAACAAACGUUUAUACACUGGAGAUUCCACCGAACGAUUUCCCGACAGAGUCCGCAAAUAUUGUGGUGGGGUGCAAAGAAACCGCCACUACGACAUUGAAAGUGGAGGAGGAUCCUAGCGAAACUGAUUCGUCGAGUGUGUGUAAGGUUGUGGUCACGAUCGAGGCUUUGGCAAAUAGUUCGUCUGCAACAAUGUCCGGGGUGAUGGCAUCCCUGGCUUUGGGAGGAGUGGCCUUCAUCGGUGCGUUGGCGCAUGCUCUGUGA